AUGAAUAUUUGUUCAUGGAAUGUGAGGGGAUUGAAUGAUCCCAAUAAAGUAGGAGAAAUAAAGAAGUUUGUGGUGAAUAAUAAUGUUAGGGUUGUUGCAUUCUUGAAAACUAGAGUUAAAGAGCAAAAAAGUAAAAAGAUUCAGGAGAAGUUUGGCAGUUCUUGGAGUUGGUGGACAAACUAUGAAUUCUCUCCUGGGGGAGAAUCUGGGUUGGCUGAAAGCAUAAUUGCAUUACUUUUCAUCUCAUUCAGAAAACUGAUCAGAAGACCUAUGUGGGCAACUUUGAAUAACAUCAACUCUCUAAAUGCUGGCCCUUGGCUAGUGAUGGGGGAUUUUAAUUUAGUUUUGGUAUCUGGUGACAAAAUUAAUGGCAAUGCAGUGACUCACAGUGAAACUGUUGACUUUGAAGAUUGUUUGGAUCAUGCUGAGUUGACUGAAGUUAAGAGCCGUGGACAUUUAUUUUGCUGGUAUAAGGGUCAUGGUAAUAACAUAAUUAACUGUAGAAUUGAUAGAGCUCUGGGUAAUAUUUCAUGGCAUACUGCUUAUGCUGAUGUGGUGGUUGAUUAUAUGAACCCUGGGUUGUCAGAUAAUACUCCUUUGCUUUUAUCCUACAAAGUUAAUAUACCUAAGAGAGGAGGAAGAUCAUGA